AUGAAUUCUCAACGAAAACAGUCUGUCGUUACUCCAACUCAUGCAUCUUCUGCUUCAAAUCGUAAUAGAACAUAUACCAGAAUGCAUGAGAUGGAUUACAAUCAAAUGUACAGCGCCAUGGAAAAGGGUCAUAAGGUCUGUCGAUUGAAUCUUCUCAAAAAAUGGGAUCCUGCCUACAAGAUGCUUGUGCUCCGACAAGAUAUGCGCAUGUUGCACUUGUUCAAACUCGAACAGAACUCUCUUAAGGGCAGAGCCGUUUCUCUCGACAUCAGACACAUCAGAGAAGUUCAGACCCUUGAGUAUAAGCUCAACACAGUCAAGAUAACUGACAAAUGGAAGAGAGAUAAAGAAAUACAGAAUUUCGAAUCAAAUAAGAUUCUAGUCAUCUCUUAUGGAACUGAAUUCACACUUAAUAAUUGGAUUUUACUAUUUGAAACGUUAGAAGCCUGUCGUCUGUGGAACAGUGGUUUGAGUAAUUUAGUAACCGAUACAAGAGAUCGAGACUCUUCAUCGCAUCACAUACGUAUAGAGAGAUUCUUGGCGAAAAGCUUCGAUUCUUUGACUCCACUUAAUGGAGCAGUUGCUCGUAAACACAUGAAGCCGUUUGUACAAACAACGUUGCAGUUCAAGGUGCUCUCAAAGCAAUUGCAAGAAGUAACUGAAGAUACAAUGACUGUUGCUCAGUUUUCAAAGGCUGCACGUAGCUUAGUUCAUAUUCCUACAUUGUUUUCUUCACGCUUCAAUGAUUUAUCUGAUGAUGGCCUGAAUGUCAGUUUUUAUAAUUUUUUGCGGUUUCUCGAGAAAAAGCAAUAUGAUGAUAUGGCUCAAAAUAUUCAGAGAGUCUGUGAAUUCUUACGAAGGUAUUUACACCAUUUCCCUUGCACAGAGAAGGUCGAGCCUAGCUUAACCGUUUACGAGUUUUGUGAUUUCUUGUUCUCACGCGAGAAUUCAGUUUGGGAUCCUUUAAACGAAAAAGUCAUACAGGAUAUGAACCGUCCUUUAUCUCAUUACUGGAUAGCAAGUAGUCACAAUACAUAUUUAACAGGUGAUCAAUUGAGAUCCGAUUCUUCUUUAGAUUGUUAUGCACAAGCUUUACUUAUGGGGUGUCGUUGUAUAGAAUUGGAUUGCUGGGAUGGCCAGAGAAAACCAAAUUCUAACGAGUUCCAAGAUAUUGUGAUAUAUCACGGUUACACUAUUACUUCCAAACUUUUGCUGCGGGAUGUUUUAUACAUUAUCAAGCACUAUGCUUUCAUUACUAGCGAGUAUCCUGUUAUUCUUUCCAUAGAAGACAAUUGUUCAGUACCAGCCCAACGUCUCCUGGCACUGGAAAUUAAAGAAAUUUUAGGAGAUUAUUUGCUGGUUGCUCCAGUCAAUAGAGAUGAGACACAACUUCCAUCUCCAGCUGCUUUAAAAAAGAAAAUUAUCCUGAAACAUAAGAAGUUACCUAUUGAGAGUGAAGAUGUUGUAGUGAAGCAAGAUGAAUUUGAGGAUACUGACAUUCUCGCACGAGACUGUGAGAAACGAGGUGUUCUUUAUCUAAAAGAUAAUACCAGCCAUGAAUGGAAACCGCAUGUCUUCGUCUUGUUCAAUGACCGUUUGUGCUAUCUAUAUGACACCUGCUCUGAGAACUUCUCUGAAGAUUCAUUGAGUCAGGUUGGAGAUGAGGAGCAGGACGAAGCAAAUUCUGGGUUCGAGCUGAAGCCUGAUGAAAUGCACGUUUCAGAAGAAUGGUUUCAUGGUCGAUGUGAUCGUAAUGAAGCAGCAGAACGUUUACUCCAGCAUAAGGAUAAAGGAAAUGGACUGUUCAUGAUUCGAGACUCUAAUUUGUUCAUCGGAGAUUACUCACUAUCUUUCUUGCAUAAGGGAAAAGUGCAUCAUGUUAGAAUCAAAACAACCAUGAGCGAUCGAGAGAAGAAAUAUUAUUUUCUUGAGAACAAGAUGUGUGAUACUCUAUAUGAACUGGUAUCUUAUUAUACGCGGCACUAUCUUACAACUGCUGACUUCGUCAUCGGCUUAACAACACCAUGUCCUCAACCUCAACCUCAUCUUAAUCAACCUUGGUUCUCAGCUACAGCUAACAAAGACAAAGCUGAAGAACUUUUGAGCAGAGUAAAUGAGGAUGGAGCUUUCCUUAUACGCAUGUCAACAGCUGAUCCAUCAGUCUUCGUUCUCUCUCUGCGAGUAGAUGGCGAGUUCUGGCACUAUCGUUUGAAGAGAGAAGGAAGAAUUUUCGUUGUGAACCAGUCUGUAUUUGAGAAUUUGAAUCAAAUCGUUCAAUACUAUGGUAAAAAAGAAUUUGUUCGUGGAAUUUGCCUAAGAUAUCCGGUUAAUGAAAAGAAUAUUGAUCCUUACUCAAGUGAAGUCAUUGGGCAAUCAACUCCAGGAUGUUAUAUGGAAUUAGGAGAACUCAAUAAAGAGAUUCAAGCUAGAUCUUUGAGACCAUAUCAUGGUAUUAGCGACGAUGACUUAUCUUUUCCGGCGAAUGCCACAAUCACAGUUCUUCGUAAAGAAGAAGGCAACUGGAGAGGAAGGUAUGGUUCAGCAUCAGGAUGGUUCCCUUCGUCGUAUGUUCAAGAAAUAUUACCAGAGAAGUCUGCUGUCCAAGGAGAAACUAACUACUAUACUAUCGAGCUUGGUGGAACAGUGAUAGAACGGUUACAAGAUGGAACUAAGUCUCAUGCCAUAAAAAUCUCUCAAAGUGCUCAAUGGAGUGGUCAGCAAUGGAGUAUUGCCGCUAGUUCUAAUGAGGAAGUGGACGAAUGGUAUAGCCAACUGAUUUAUCUAACGCGAUCGGUGAACGACAAACUAACAGCUAUUCAAAAGAAAGAGAAGAGUGCUAGAAUUGCUGCUGAGCUCUCUAAUCUUGUGGUUUACUGCCAAGCUGUACCCUUCGACCCAGCUAGUGUGAAAGACGGUUGUUUUUAUGAAAUGUGCUCUUUUGUUGAAGGAAAAUUGAACAAAUUGAUAGAAAUGGGUAUGGUUGAGUUCAAUUUCAAGCAACUUUCACGAGUAUAUCCCCAUGGAUCUCGAAUAACAUCAACAAACUAUAAUCCUAUUCCAAUGUGGAAUGCUGGAUGUCACAUGGUUGCUCUCAAUUAUCAAACAGGGGACAAGGCGAUGCAAUUGAACCAAGGAAAAUUUCUGGCUAAUGGUCAAUGCGGUUAUAUUCUGAAGCCGGACUAUCUGUUGAAUGAGAAUUUCGAUCCAAGUCAAGGACAAAAGGUCACUACUUCCGAGCCUAUUAGAAUAACUCUUCAAAUUAUCGCUGGACGACAUUUAUCUCGGAAAGAUAAAAACAAAGGAAUCUGUUCUCCUUUCGUUGAAGUCGAAAUCAUAGGAGCUGCCUGUGACGAUCGUGCACACAAGACGAGAACGAUAGCUUCCAAUGGUCUCAAUCCUGUAUGGAAUGAGACAUUCACUUUUGAAAUACAUUGCCCCGAAUUAGCUCUUCUUAGAUUUUACGUUGAAGAUGGUGAUUUUGUGGGACCAAAAACUGAUCCCUUCAUAGGUCAAGCAGUUUUUCCAGUUGACUCACUACGUUGUGGAUUCCGUUCUGUGCCGCUGAAAAAUCAGUUCAGCGAAGAUCUCGAGUUAUCAGCUUUACUUUUGGAUCUCCAAAUGAUUACUCUUAAAGAGCAGAAACUUCUCCGAAAUACACGAACUUUAUUACAAGGUUCUCGGUUCGGCCCUGUUUUACAUAGAAAGUUGGUUGGAUCCGACUCUGUGCAAUCGCCUGUAUCCAAGCGCGAUGAAACACGAUCUUUCCGCAGUUUCGAAGGUGGAAGCAGUACAGAAGGAACGAGCCCUGUUUCGAUCUCGGGAAUGUCGCUAGCAGAUAGGAAAACUUCUACGAAUUAUUCAAUGGAUAGCCAGGAUAGCAAUGAAGGAACCGCCAUUCUCAAUGGCUCUGGUUCCAUAGGGAAAAAGAAGAAAAACUUUAUCAAGAGAUUAAUUCCAUUUAAGAGUAAAGAAAAGGAUUAA